GUUACAUCAUCGCCAGUCAAGGGAUUGCCCCACCAUAGAAUUCCUCAUCCCACCAACAUCACCAUAUUACCGCCUGCAAUUUAUACUUGCGCAACAGAGUUCCCGGGAAUCAAGGUAUCUGGGACAGCUACUCAGAACUCUGCAGUCGUUAUUUCUUUUUGUCUCGACGUAACUUCUCAUCGAUUCCUGUCAUCAUGUCGAGCAGACAGCUUCGCAAGCUGCAGAAGCAAAGAGAGCUUCAAGCUCUGGAGAACCCAGCGUCCGAGAGUGAGAGUGAGGAAGAAGUGCCUAUCGCAAAGCCCAAGCCAAGCGCAUUUUCUGGGUUUGCAGCGCUGGGUGGUGGCGACGAUAACGACGAUGAUGAUAAUAAUAACGAAGACGACGAACCCGAACCCGAACCGCAGAAAGAUGAGCCGGAGCGGGUAGAGACACCGAGGCCGUCAGCUAAGAAGAGCAAGAAAAAGAAGAAGAAGGCCAAGAAGACCGCCGAUGAAACACCUACAAGACAUGACAUGAAAGCAAAGGUUCCAUCGGCGAAAGCCGACCAAGAGGAUGAGAUUGAAAAGGCACUCCGCGAGCUCAACCUCAAAGCGCAAGUCGCUGGUGGUGCCGAUUCUGGAACAAGUCCCGAGUCUAUAGCCUACGAACGAAUUUGUGACCUUCUACGCAUCAACACGUAUCAUCUCAAGGUCCUCAACGAGAUGCGCAACUUAUUCGGCAAAGACGCCAUGGAAGCCGCACGGGCCGAAGAACAGGAGGAGGAGCAGAAUCGCACUCGCCGGCGUGGUAUGCAGCAGCUACGACAAAACGUGGACCUGGAAACUUACCUCAAGGGACUGCCGGGCAAGACGUUGCCAGAAGUCACCCUGCGAAGAAAUCCUUUCUUACCUGGCAAAGAGACCUGGCCACGCGCACCUGCGGACGGCCUCACCAUGAGGCAGAUCAAAGACGGCACUAUCGACACCAAGUGUGGAACGAUCGAGUUCGGAUUUGCGCAUGAUGAUAACUACGACGCUCAGGAGUCACAGUUCUUUCAGCUUGUGCAGAUGUACGAUCCGAUGCAGCUGGUGCACUUCCUCCACCGUCAUCCGUACCACAUCUCCAGCUUGAUCCAAGUCAGCAAGGUAGCAAAGCAGGACCAGAACAACGCCCUUGCCGGUGAUCUUUGUGAAAGAGCGUUGUUCACUUUUGGCCGAGUGUCGAUAUCGGCCUUCCGCCAAAAGUUGGAGGAGGGUAAGGCCAGACUUGAGUUCAGGCGGCCAGAGAACCGCCAGUUCUGGUUGGCAGUAUACCAUUACCUGAGGAGCUUGACGAUGAAGGGCACAUACAGGACUGCUCUGGAGUGGACCAAAUUGCUUUUCAGCAUGGAUCUCAGUGAUCCAUAUGGGGUCAUCCACUUCAUGCAUCCCCUGGCAAUCCGUGCCCACGAGUCCAAAUGGUUCAUUGAAUUCUGCGAUUCCGAAGCUUUGGACCAUUGCGAUACCGCACAGGACUACAUAAGACAGACUCUCGUAUUGGCGCGUCUCCAACAGAAGGACGCUGCGGGUGCGAAAGCACUGGCCGUUGAGGGCAUGGAGAGGCUGCCGUGGCUAUACAGCGCAAUCUUCAAAGCGCUGAACCUCGAUCUGCCACGUGCUAUUUGGGGCAUGGAACCGCGCGAUGAACACGAGCAGCUCUUCACCGAGCUUUAUCUGCACCAAACCAAACAGUUAUGGGAUAACCCGCAAGCCACCGGACUACUUAAGGAAGCUGCCGCACUCGCACAGAAGCCUGCUCUAUCAUCCCUACCUGUGUCACCGGUUGCCGGUCGUAACGUUGGACGGUUUGUUUACCUGGACAACACACCCGCUUUGAUGGGGUUGGUGCCUGGGGGUAUGCUACACGGAUUCCCGAACUGGGAUUUUGACCCUCUACCACCGGCGAAGGAGGAAAACAUCUUCAGCUACGAGUCACAAAGUCUUCCGUGGAACCCGGAUCGUCCAGCUACUGGCGGGGCGUCUGGCGCACGCGGACUUGAUCUCGCUAAUCUUGGUGGACGCGACGGUUUUCUACGUGUACUUAAUCAGGCACGACAACAAGGUGCGCCUGUUGAGGUUCUCCAAGCGUUGGAACAGGCCAUGGCAGGACAAGACAUCGGUGGCAACGGCGACGGCGAUUUCGUGGAUAACACAGGCGAUGAGGGUCAAGAUACCGAUGGUGAUGAUGACCCGGACGCUCUUGAUCAGAGGGGGCUGUGGCAGAGUUUCGUCGAUAUGAUAAUGCCAUUGCGAUACUCCCAGGGUGAUGAUCUCCCAGCAGAGCUUGAUCAGAUUGACGGGCUUGCAUCAGAUGAGCUUCAACAAACACCUGGCGGCUGGGUUGAUAGCGACGACGAGAUGCCUGCUCUUAUCAGGGAGCAUCUGUCGGAGGAUGAGGGAGAGGAUAGUAACAGCCACGGGAGACGGCAGCCCACAGUACAGGAUGACUCUGAUGAUGAAAUAGCUCGGCGCCAACAUUAAGGAGGGGCAAACCGAGUGUUCUGUGUGUAGUAAUCAGUAAUCGCAGAACUAGGCUGGUUGGCAUCAGCAUGCCAAGUGCUCGGUGCACACAAGCAGUCUGCAGCAAGGCCACGUGUAUCUCAGGUACGAUGCAGAUCAAUAGAUAUGGCCCGCAUGUUAUCCAUGUAAAUAUUGAACAAAUAUUGAACAAGUAUUGAGAGGACGCCAU